CAAGCUUUGGUUCCCCUUUCUCAGACUAGGGACUGGUCCUCCCCUUUUCCCUCUCCUCCCUUUGAACCCUUCCUUAUAGGGUGGGAGUGUGGGCGGCCCCUUUCCUAGGCACUUUAACUCAUACUUUUUCCCCACCCUCUUCCCCCUCAGAAGCAUUUCUCCCUCUGUUUCAUAAGCUUCCUUCCUUGCUGCUCUUCCUGCCGGCGUCUGGUAGAAGACAACUGGGUCUGUGCAGCCACCAAAAUCCUUUUUCAUUGAAGAAAAAAAAGAAAGAAACCACCCUACCCAAACGAGUGGCAGAGGACUGGGAGGCCACAAUGAAUGUGGAAGGUGAAAUUAGCCUCUUGGUUGGAGAAAUGCAACGUCUGGGUACAAGAGAUGCUGAUGGAAGGCUAAGUGUGAAGUUUGGGGUGCUUUUCCAAGAUGACAAGUGUGCUAACCUGUUUGAAGCCCUCAUGGGGACCCUGAAGGCAGCCAAACGUCGGAAGAUUGUAACUUAUGAAGGAGAACUGCUCUUACAAGGUGUCCAUGAUGAUGUUGACAUUGUAUUGCUUCAAAAUUGAUAUAAUUUGUGUAUUUUGGGGGCAUUGUUAUUUUUGUUUUUGGUAAACUAUGAAUAAGAUUCUUGAUUGAAAGAAAAAAAUCAAAGUGUUUACUGUAUUUUUCUAUUUUGUAAUCAAAAGACUUGUAUUUUGGAAGACAGUUCUUUUUGUACUCCUUAGAACAUGUCAGUGUAUUGCAUUGCAGUAUAAAAAAUAACUAUAGCUUUUCUCAGGAAUACAUUUUGAAAACAUUGGAGAUGAAAUUUGUGCGUGUUUGUGUGUGGGUUUUUUUUUCUUUUUUUUUUUUUUGGUGGGAGGGGGUAUUUUGUUUUAGAAAUCCAUUCUUAAAAUGAAUUUGAUGUUAUUGUCAUCAUGUGAAAACAACAAAUAAUGGUGAUUUACCUAAUUUGAUGACAAAUAUCUACAAUUAAUAUGUAAUAAAGCCAUUUACAUCA